AUGGAGUUGGAGGUGGUGCUCAGGCUGCUCCUCCUGCUCUGCUUCUUGACUCUGCACUGCUCGGCCAUCGAGACCGUGAACGUAGUGGACUUCUGUGGCCAAACAAUCCGGGGUGACAGCAUGAUCGUCAACUCGCACCAGGAAUCCAAGAAGUACUACUUUGUGACCAUGGGGACUGACUGCCACCUCACUAUGCAGGCCAGCUCCCCUAAAGACAAGGUCCAGUUCCACUUCCGCUUUUUCCUGGUCUACAGUUUGCUACGAGUGGCCCCUUUGAGUCCUUCCCCUGUCUUCCCAGAGUCCCCUCGUGGCUCCGCCCCUCUCAACCCCAGACUGGAGCCCACCUCUGGUGAAAGUUCGGGGGACCCGUGUCAUGCAGGCUCUUACGUUCAGUUCUAUGAUGGACGGGACAGGAGCUCACCUCCCCUUGGGCCGCCUCUUUGCGGGAAGAGCCCACCCCGACCAGUGCUGUCCACAGGAAACUACCUGACCCUGAGGCUGGUGACCCGGGGGACUCAGCCCAGAGUCGACUUUGUGGGGGACUUCACCUCUUUCAGACUGGGUUUUAACCAAUCAGAGUGCAGCAGUGAACCAUAUUUCACCUGCAGGAAUGGGAAGUGUAUCCCACUGAGUCUGGUGUGUGACGAUAAAGGCAUUGACAACUGUGGGGAUGGAAGUGACUUGGAGGAGAACCUGACUACAGGUUGUAAAGGUCAGCUGUUACCUCCUGAACCUCCACCGGCAAUAGCAACCCCACCCCCACCUUAUGUGAAUCCACCCACAGUGCCGAUGCCUUCACAUAUGAACUGCGGCGUGCCGGACAGUGCUCCCAGUCACGAGUCAGUAACAGACUCCCCAGCCUCACUGUCCCUGUUGGUUCUCUACAUCCUGCUGGGUGUGGUGGCAGGCAGUGUGGUUCUCUGCUGGUGCUGCUGGUCACCUGGCUGGUUCCUGUGGCGCGUCAGCAUCUGCCGCUUCUUACCCUGCUGCAACUCAGCCUGCGCCUCCUGCCAGCUCUGUGCCCACGGCUGCACCCACGGCAAGGAGCACCGACUGGCAAAAGUCACCCCACACACACCGGUCAACGGGACCUCCACGGGCACGCCAGCCAGCACCAACAGUGCUGCUGAUGAAAAUGUUACCACAGCGGCAGUUUAG